GGCGCCCACGCGUCAAUCAUCGUGGAUUGCUUCGACUACUAUUCCGUCCGUUUCCAUCCCCUUUUCUUUCCCUCCAUCAAGUCCCCCCAUCCCUCCCUUUUCUCAGCAGUACAUUCCUGUUACGUUCGUCCGCUUUCCGAAUUUUUUGCUACGAUUCCGGCGAAGGCCGUGUCGAAGCAGGUUCUUGACUAUUUUCAAGGUAUGUGGCUGCGAGCCCACUUCAGAGGCCGGUUCGACAUUCCGUUGUUUGUGAGGUCGCAACGAAGAAGCCCGACUCUGCUGUGAAGAGAGCUCGGCAGGCCGAAAAGAGGAGGAUUUACAACAAAUCCCGGAAAUCCGAAAUCAAAACCCGGAUAAAGAAGAUAGUUGGUGAAAAGAAGCUAUAGAAUGGCAAGGGUAGUGAAAAGGAAAGAUGAGAGAAUUCUGCCAAGGCUGGCAGAUGAGUUCGAACAACUGGCCGCUCAGCUGAACUCUCGGUCGCCGAUCACCAUGGAAAUUGGCAAGUUCACCCAAGCCUGUCGUCUCGUUUCUCCUCUCAUUCGACACUUAGGCGUCGCUAUGAAGUUCGCCGACAUAGAGUACUCUGCUAAGGUUAAUGGGAUUGAAAAGGCAGGAAAGUUAGUUAAUACCCUAGAAGAUUUGCUUGACCGUGAAAUACAACAGAAUACCAUGAAGGACCAAAGUAGUGCUUCGAGAUCCCUCGUCAGAGUGAAGCGUUCACUUGAGAUGCUUAAGAUAAUAUUCGAGCAAACUCUGGCCUCAAGCGGAAAUUCAAUCAUGGAUGCGGUUAACACAGCAUAUAAACAAGUUUUUUACGCCUACCACGGAUGGGCUAUGAGAAAGGCUGUUGCGGGUGCACUGUACACCCUUCCUACAAAGUCACUGUUCUUGAAAAGGCUAAAAUUAGAUGAGGCAUCGGCUUUUGUUUUGAUGCAAAGGACAGUUACUGCAUUAGCUCCUCUGAUACGCUACAUCGACAACUUAUUCCAUUCAAGGGAGUCAGCUCAAGAACUGCUACGCUUGAUUUGAUCGAUUUCCAUCUUUUGCACUUACGCAUGCAUUUUUACAAAUAUGCUUUGAUUUCCGAGUUUCAUAUGUAUGUUAUGAUUGAAUAUCAGUGUGAACCUUGUAAGGGUUGUUAUUCUAUUUGGUUAUAGUUAUGAUAAUUUUCCUUUUUCCA